AUGCUAUUGAAUGUGGCCCCAGCAUGUCUCACGCGACUAUUAUGGUGGCAGGCUUCCCAUUCAUUUUGAUGGCGCGUCGGGCCUAUAUGCUUACCUUGUCGCAGGUGAGCCAACUCCUAUCCUAUCCUUUCGCACUGGUCGCGUCUUGUAGAUUGUGAGUUGAGGGGAACAAAGUAAGGUGUGUUUUUGCAAGUAAAGAACAAGGAAAGGGUUUUUAUCAAGUAGGAGGUGAAGGGCACCACGGUUCAACUUCGGUUGGUAUGGAAAAACAGCUUUUGCACUUCAAUAGAGACCUUUUAAGGUGGGUGCUCUCUUCUCAAGUAAAGAGAGAAAAAUAUCCAAGGCCUUGAAGGUCAUGAUGGUCUGCCUCCGAGAAGGUGGCCAUAACGGUUCAAGACACGACCACAGGUUUUUUUCACCCAAGUAGAAGUAUUUUACUUCUAAGCCCAGACGUUUCCGAGAACCCACUAGGCAAAUUGGGUGGCCUGGCAUUGGCAGCUUUUCUGCAGAGGAACAACACGCUAUUGGAGCUUUUUGCUGCCGACACGGAGCUCGACAUUGAUGCCUUGAUAGCGAUCAGUGCGGUAUUUUAUUCUUUUCUUAUUCCGCUUUGUGAAGAUGAUUGCGGUAUUUGAAGACUCAAUGAAGUUGUGAUUGUUGCUGUUGAGAAGAUGUUGAGGCACUUAUUGUAGAGCAGAAGAUCUUCUUGAACUUGAGGUUAAGUAGCUUUUUUAGAAACUUGGACGUCACAGACAUAGGAGAAGCAGGAUUGGUAGCAGCUUUGGAAACUUGGACGUCAACAUAGGACCAUUAGAUGAAGUUGUCAUGGCUCAUCUGGCUCAAAUAGAAGAUGCUUGGAAACAGAGGAGGUACAGAAGGUGUAGAACAUGCUGUGACCUCUACAGGUGCAUCACCAUCUUUAUACUUUCCAUCUAAACAUCAAGAGUAACAACAUGAAUUAUCAUUAUGCUCUAGCAACACUUCCAUCUUCUCCAUCUGAACAAUAUGAGUACCCCUCUAACUACGCUAGUUCCAGGUUCUAGUGGUGCCCUAACGAAAAGAAUUCAGGGAAGCGGAAGUCGUAGGUUUAAUCAGAAUCGACAACUAACGUCUUCAAUUAUACCCUAACGAACCCUUCCGGGUGGUUCUCCUUCUGAACAAUAAUAUCCUGGUAACAUCAUCAACCCUUCCACCAUGUUCUCCAUGUGAACAAUAGUUAUCUUCUAACGAUGAACCCUUUCAGGUGGUUCUCCUUCUGAACAAUAAUAUGGAUAUUGAUAUUCUGGUAACACUUUCAGGUUCUCCAUGUGAACAACGACACGCUUCGAGUACUCGAUGUGCAGAACCCUAGGAUUUUUUCGCUGGAAGCUGACCAUUGUACUCACUUCGGAAAGAUGCUUGCGGUCAGCCCGUCACUGGCGGAAGUCUACUUAUGAUGAGUUUGAGUCUUGUCCAUCAUUAGCGGAAGUCUACUUAUGAUGAGUCUUUUUACUUUUUACUUCAACAAUUUGUUGUGCAUCUGCAUUCCGGGCGCAACUUGAUCUUCAUUGUGAUUUGGGGAUCAACUACGCCUCCAAUAUCACAUUUUACUAUCUCAGAAGACAGAAGAUCUGCUUGCGGUCUGAAGGCUUCUUGUUAGCGGAAGUUUACUGAUAGAGAAGUUGAAGGGUUUUUUAGCGAUAAUGAUGCACCAAGAUUUCGAACCGGUUAGCAUCAUCAUCAUCAUCAUGAUCAAUGUCAUCAGGUACAGGUGUUGAUGAAGAAAGGAAACUUUAUGAAAGCUGUAUUUAAAUAGUUGUAACAACAAGUCAACUAAGUUGUCAACCUAUGCAGAUGAAAAGCUACGCCUACCAGUUGACAGUUGUAUCCAUCGAGAUAGCCUCUCGCAAUGUCAAGUAUUUAUAACGUCUAGGUUCUGGUUCUCAGUCUCUAAUGCCCUUCGGCAAAUUUCGGCUGCGAGAUAGCGGGUUGGAGCUGUUUCUGGACGAUGUGCAGGUGGAUCAUCAGAGACUCCAAGUCCUGGACCUCCGAUGUAACGAGAUUGGAGCGCGUGGCGCAGAAUGUGUCGCGGAAUUGGUAAAAAAAAAUAGGUAUUCAUCUGAGUAGCGUAGAAGAGGAGAUUUGGUAUGAUAAAUAAGUUUGUUCGUGUGAGUUGUAGAAGUUCUUCAACAGGAGAUAUUACUACCUAGUGAAUGUAAAGUACAAUACAGGUGGAGGUUGGCACUACAGUCUGAUAUUGCAGAGUCAGAAGAGCUCCGGAUUCUCGGAAUGAAACAGCGUACCUCUUCCAUGAUCAGGUGAAGGUAUGGCAAGGCUAUAAUUUAAACAGACGAUCUUGUUAAUGAGGAUGAUCUUAUAUAUUAAUUCUUGAUGUGUUGGUCAAUGGUCAUUACUGGCUCAAGAUCCAAUGCAUGAACCUGAUUUCAAUGCCAAACGACUGCUCUCACUCGUCACCAUGAUCGUGAUCAAUACCGUUCCUUGUCUUGAACUCAUGUUAGUUCCUCGUAUGGUCAUCAUAUGAACUCAAUGAAGUCCAACACGAAUUAGCAGCAAGAUCUCCUAGAUCUUUAACUGCACUAUGACCCUUCAUGAUAUCCCAAUGACAUUGAACCCAUUUUGAUACCAUUCCAGGGCCUUAAGCAGUCAGUGAUCAUUCGGCGCGUCCGUUCUGAUCGUCUUCCUGUUACAUUGCAACGAUAAUCAUUCCAUUUACUCUCAAGAGCCUCAUAUUGCGCUUGGACGUGUUCGGGUGUUCCAACACUGUUUCAAGCCCUUGAGCCUUACCUUAUUAAAAGAGAUCGCUAGUCAAUUCAUUGUAGAAGUAGUGAAAACAAAGUCGCAUCAUUUGCGCCACAAAAUGCCCGAUGUGAGUCUCGGAGAGAUUUCACCCAAACUGGGGCAGAAAUCUGAUUGGCGUGACUGGCUUCGAGCGGUAACGCAAGAAGCAGACCGCCUGGACCUAGUCCAAUACCUCAACAAUGUGCUGAACGGCAAUGCGGCAGGGGUUCCGAAUCAACCCAACAACAACGACCGCAAGCUCCAGCAGAAUUGGCGAGAUUUGAAGAGCGUGAUCAUCAAGUCACUCAAAGGUGCAGCCGAAGCACAUAUGAAGGAUCAGGAUACCACUGUAAUGAACGCUGGCGAAGUGGUAACAAACCUCCGUGACGCUGGUUUCAGUCAAAAUGACCGCACAGAGCAACGAAUCUCUGCUAAAGCGCUGGAAGGGAUGCACUUCACGAACCGUGAUUCUCCUCCAGACGUUCCAACAUUCCUGGCGAAGGUUAGAGAUGUCACGAAUCAAUCUCCGACCGCAUACCCGCCGGAAGUUGGUGUGGCUGUUGCUGAUCAACAAAACGGAGCAAUCCUCGACAUUCUGCCAAAAAUGUUUUCCAAAGCAUUUCGACAGACAAUCGAGAGGAUGCAAGAAGAAGAACAUCUAACGUUCGUCCAAAUCGGUGACAGACUCACGAAACGGCUUCAAAGUUUGAUUGACUCUGGUGAGUACAAGAUCGAGAAUCCAUCUUUCGGCAAAGCUUUUCCAGCUGUCGAAGAUUCCGAUGAUGAAAACCAGAACAAUAACAAAACCAAGAAGCGUAAACGUCAAGAUGAGAGUGAUGACGAUGGUGACGCGUUUGCCGCACUCAAGAAAACAACAAUCAAACGACUUCGCAAGAAGAUUCGCAAAGAAAUCCAGAACGAGGUCUACGCAACAAAAGGAAGUGGAAAGAGUAGUAGUAGUAGUUCUAGUAGUAAGAAGAACAAAGGAAAUGGCAAAGGUAAAGGUGCUAAGAACUCAAAUCCUAAUGAGGGUAUCCAGUGCAACUAUUGCCACAAGUAUGGACAUAAGGCGCGCAAAUGCUGGCUAAACCCGAUGAGUCAAAGCUACCAACCUAACAAAGCCAUGGGCAGCAACUUCUUCAACAAUUCCUACAACUGUUGGCCGCAAGGUAACACUAUCCCUCCGUGGCACCAGAACAGCUAUCCACCGCAACAAAGUGGAGGAAAAGGAUUCGACAACAGUAAUCCACAGCAGCAAUGGGGUGGACAACAACCACAACGCUGAGUCGAAACCAAUCCGGAAUGGAAUGGAUAUGGGAGACGAGAUGGACAAUCCCAAGAUGAAGAAGAAUUUGAAGAAGAUUUCGAAAAUGAGGAUGGAAGAUGUUCGCUGAACUUUGAAGAAAACUUUGAGAAUAAAGAGUAUAGAAGUGAACUGUUUAGAGGUGAAAGCUACAUGAUUGAUAGUCGCUCAGAUUGCUAUCUUAGUGCAAACCAAAGCAAAACGGUUUCACUCGUUGACAGUUGUGCAAAUAAGUAUUUGUCUAGCCAUCGUUCCGAUUUCAAGAAAAUUAGCUACCGGCUUUGUCACAUUAGUGGCACCGCUGGAAAGCGAAGUGGGAACUUAGGUAGACUAAAAGAAAACAAAUUAGGAUUAAAAUAUGGCGUACACUUUGAACACUUACCAAAAGCCAUAGAUCGCAUUAUACCGUGGCUAGGUGAAGGAAACUGUCAUGAGAAGGGUUGGCAAAUGACUUUCACAGAAAGUGGCGGAACGUUGUAUAAUACCCGCUCCGGCCGCUCUCUACCCAUUACAAAUUAAUUGCCCCCAGAUGCAGCUACCUACUCUAGGUUGUGACAUGUUUAGCAAAGAAGAAAACGAAGCUGAGGAGGAUAUAGCAUGCACUAGUAUAGAAGAAGCUAGACUUCAUUCACAAGCAUCAAGAUUAGACAUACAUCGUAGACUUGGUCACUUUCACGUUGAUGGCCUUAGUGUAUCUAGUCCAGAAUGUGAUCGAACCAAAGGUCAAAGACGCUCUCAUGCAAAAGUGGGACCCCCUGGGCAUAUACCUUCUCCAUUGAAAACACUUGCAAUUGAUUUCGCAGUUGGUAUUAGACCAGUGUCUAUAAGAAGCAAAAGAUGUGCUUUCAUCAUUAUCUGUGAUUCGAUUAAGAUGUUUUUCGUUCGUCCUCUUUGCCUUGAGUCGGACUGCGUAGAGGUGACUGAAGAAGUAAUAGGAGGCAUUCGCCAGGACUACUCAUUGUCACUCGACGACAAGGCGGCAUGGUUCAUCCGUAGAGAUAGCGAACCCGUCCUAAGUAGUGACCAUAUGACCAAAGUCAUGCAGUCGCUACUGGUUUCGGAAAUUCCUGGAGUUCCUUACAGCCCAGAAAUGAACGGAACUUGCGAACGUUUCACGCGGACCAUUUUCGGUGCUGUGCGUACCAUGUUGGUCAAAGUCGACCGACGUCUUUGGUGUUACUGCCUACAGUAUGCCGGAGAUUGUUGGAAUCGCUUACCGCAUCGUUAUGCAAAAAUGCCAGAACGUGACGGAAUGAGUCCUGUCGAGAUACUAGAAAAGAGGAUAGGCAAGAAGUCCUCGAAAAGUGGUCUAGGUAUGUUAAGAGUUUGGCUGUUUGGUGUACUUUCGUGGACAGGUCGUAGACACCACCAACAAGAAAGAAGCAGAGCUUGCGUCUCCUUAUCGGCGUGGUGUGUUUCUCGGUCUGUGUCCAGUUUCGUCUGGUUGGCUAGUAGGUACAUAUCACAACGAUGGGAGAACGAAAGCUGGCUUCAAGUGGAGUGAGUAUUCCACACUAGAUGUAAAAUUUCGAGAGUCGAUAUUAGUCAAGAACAUUGAUUGGCUAUUACCUACGUCGAAGGGUAUUUAUGUUGAUUAUGACCCGCUGGAAAACCUGCAGUCUGGCACGCCGUCGCUGGGUCCCGUCCUGCACAGACAUGCGCUGCAACGUAUGGCCUGUCAGCCGCGCUUCUCUGGCACGGAGUACAGCUCAGGCGAUCCAACCGGCAUGGAAAUGAUAUUAGAUAACAAUGAAGUCGAUGAGUUUUUCUGUGAAUCUUUGGACAAAGAAGAAGAUCCAAAGACCGGUGAUGAUUCCAACUCUGACGCGCAACGCGUUGAGGAGGGGAAUAGCUCAUCGGAGCGUGUGUCACCUGACUCUAAUCCUGAAGCAAGGGAUCCAAGGACCUUACCAAUUCCACCAUCUCAGCCAGGCAAAGUUGAGGAGGGGAAGAAAGGCCGAGGAAGACCUAAAGGGAGCAAGAAUAAGAAUCCAGGACAACGCAAAAGAAGAACAAAAGCCGAGCUAGAAGCAUUAAGAAAAGAUAUGCAUAAAUUUGCCAUGCUAACAGGCGGGCAUGAGCUGGAAGAAGGGGAGACUUUUCUCGAAGCACGUGUCACGCUGUCAGUUUCCCAAGCCUUGAAAAGCCCUGACGCCGAGAAAUGGCGUGCAGCUAUCACCAAGGAGGAAGCUAGAUUACUUGCCUUUGAGACUUGGGCGCCAGCUACUGACGAGGAGCUGCGAACCUCUUCUCAGGUAAUGCCUAUAGCAAUCGUUCUCACGGUAAAACGUGAUGGAACAUUCAAAGCUCGUGCUUGUGUGCUCGGGAAUCUUGAUCGUUCGGGGAAUAUCGACACCUACGCCCCUGUAGUGUCACACGCUGCGAAUAGACUUUUACUCGUUUCAGCAGCGACGGACUCUGACUUCGUCAUCCCCUUCGACCUUGAUUCUGCGUUCCUUAAUGCUGAACUCGAUCGCGACGUCUUCUGCCGUCUUCCACCAGUGUGGGCGGAGAAGCAUGGAGCGGAUAUCGUCAAGCUUAAGAAAGCUCUAUAUGGGCUCAAGGACGCUCCACGAGCCUGGUUCAAGAAGUAUUGCGUGCUAUUGUCCGAACUCGGAUGGGAGCCGUGUCCUUCUGCUCCAGGAUUGUGGCGGAAAAAGAGCAAAACGCACCCAGGAAAGUAUAUGAAGAUGUCAGUCUAUGUUGAUGAUAACUUAGCUACUGGACCUGACUAUCACGAGUUACGGCCUGAAGUCGACCGGAUCUUUAGUCGCGCCCCCGGCCGACCUAUUGAGAUGGCAAAGCGAGUCGAUUCCCACACGGGUUUCGAAUGGCUAGAGUUCGACUUUCUUGGUGCGAUUGUGCACUAUUGUCGGGAAGCACGUUCAGUGAAAAUCCUGAUGAGUGUGUACAUAGCGAAGACCUUACAGAAGUAUAAAAUAACAUUAGGUAAGCCGGUGUGGUCUCCAAAUUUCGACGAGUCUGCGUUGCUUGAGGAGGGGCUUAAGCUAGCAGCCGGGUUUCCAUUGCGUGAGAUUGUUGGCGCACUGCUUUGGAUAUCGACAACCGCAAGGCCAGAUAUUUGCGUCCCUGUGGCGACAUUGGCCCGGUAUGUCAGUAAGCCCGUUACUGAAAGAAUUGCAAAAGCCUGUAGAAAAGUAUUAAAGUAUCUAGCUACGACAAAAGACCAAGGACUCUAUUAUUCUCCAGAAAGUGAGGAGGAAUUCGACGAAAUUUAUAGGAAGCUCCUACCAGAAGGAAGAGAGCUACCGUAUACCAACUGGUUCUCAGAUGCAGGAUUCGCGAACUGCAUAAAGCGCAUGCGCUCGACCAGUGGUUCGAUUAUGUACUAUCGGGGUUUUCCAAUCUGUUGGAAACGCAAUACACAAACCGCGCGUGCAUAUUCAACUGCAGAGUCAGAGUAUAUAGCCGCGUCGGACACUAUUGUCAUGAGCGAGCUGCAUGAUUUUACAGAUUUCUUCAAUCCCUUACCCACUCAACUAGUGGAAACGCGGUUUGGUAUAUCGCCAUCCCUCGAUGAUGCCAUAUUGUGGAUAGACAACCAGUCUGCAAUCUCGACAGCAAAGAGUGAGGAUACGAAGCCUAAAAGUAGACACUAUGCACUACGUUAUUUAAGAGUUAGAGACGCAGCUGAGAAAGUCGUUUUCUGUCCUACUCAUCUAGUGAAAGCUGAUGGACUAACGAAACUGUCAUGCUCAUCCACUCAACGCAGAUUAUUACUACAUCACAUAGAGAACCCAGUAAUUAACCGUAACCAUGUUGAAGAUGAUAGUGACUCGGCAGAAGGUGAUGAGUCUGGUUCAAGUUCUGCUUCUCUGGCAGCGCUUACCUAUUCUAUCUUCUUAGGGUGUUAGAUGAGAUCGUUGGUCAAAGGUAACGUCAGUGGCUAUACAGUAAAUAGUGAUGGUUCUGGGUCAGAGCAGGUAACGCCAGACCGUUCGUGACUCCCGUCAUUUCCUCACCUAGCGACUGAGGAGAGGCGUUGGUCAAUGGUCAUUACUGGCUCAAGAUCCAAUGAAUGAACCUGAUUUCAAUGCCAAAUGACUGCUCUCACUCGUCACCAUGAUCAUGAUCAAUGCCGUUCCUUGUCUUGGACUCAUGUUAGUUCCUCGUAUGAUCAUCAUACGAACGCAAUGAAGUCCAACAUGAAUUAGCAGCAAGAUCUCCUAGAUCUUUAACUGCACUAUGACCCUUCAUGAUAUCCCAAUGACAUUGAACCCAUUUUGAUACCAUUUCAGGGCCUUAAACAGUCAGUGAUCAUUCGGCGCGUCCGUUCUGAUCGUCUUUCUGUUACAUUGCAACGAUAGUCAUUCCAUUUACUCUCAAGAGCCUCGUAUUGCGCUUGGACGUGUUCGGGUGUUCCAACGUGAUGUAGUAUAGGAUUCUUCACCAGGAUAUAUAAUUCUUGGUAACAGCUGAUCUUGUUGAUGAGGAUGCACACAUUUCUCGUGAUCUUCGCGUGGAUUUAUAUUCAGGUGAUAGUGUUACAACGGUUAAUUCUUUGAAUACAAACUGCAACAGGUGACGUAAGGCUGAUAAUUGAGUAUUUAUGUUGUGGAACUAUUUUUUAGAUAACCUAUCAUUCACAAAUGAAGCACAAUUACUUCCAGCAAAACAAGCUACUUCCCACUUCUCCACAACUCACGCCUCCUCUAAUAGCAUGGGGAAAGUUGCAAAAAUUGAAUCUGGACGCGAACCGGAUAGGUGAGCGCGACAAUGUAACAGGCGCGCAAGCCCUGGGCGACGCCUUAGUGGAAACGCGGAGUCUACGACAUUUGAGCAUAAUUAUGAUGAACACGACACUCACACUCCCUGAGAAGUUGCUCAUACUUCAUUCUUUUACUUAGAAGUAAUAACAAAAGGAGUUACUCAUAUUUCUUGGCAGCAUUCGAGUUAAGGAGUCACUUAUCACAGUCAUACUAGAUAUGACAUGACUCCACCUGGAGGACGUAAAUAAAGAUAGUAGAUUCAGAUUGAUACCACCUUGAUCAUGUUCCACGACCUCUUCUACCUCCAUCCGAGAUAGAUCGAACUACGUAUACACGCCAGAAACAAACAUUUUUACUCCCUCUCCCUGGCUAAUACCUCUCAGGCUAAGAUAGCAUGCAUCAUAAAACCUCCGCAAGAAGAAUCUAUACCAUCAUAGUGCUUACAGGCCACAGACAGCCACUACUCCUACGUUAAGACCUUUCAUGGUACUAAUCACGAACAUAAAACCUCUACUCUGAGACUCAGGCUAAUCACCACUAUAAGAAAGACUUCCCGUUCCACCGCAUACCAUUGCCGCAGCACACCAUUCUUCUAACCUGCAUUCGAAUUCGCUGUGUGAUGCGGCACUGUGCGUGCUUUUGAAACCUGUGGCCGAAGAGGCCAUAGUUAAGGCUUACAACUACAAUUCGUCUUCGGAAGCUUCUUUGGCGCCCCUUAGAGAGAGGAGAGGAAAGAAGCACUCGGAGAUGAAUAUAUGUAAGGUCUAACGAGGAACGAGACUUCAGGUUGGAAUGCUUCGAAAAUCUAUGGAGGAGCCCAGCAGACGAAACAGCGACAACAAGUGCAGUCAAAAUCCUCCACGAAAUCGGAACGAAGUUAUGAGAGGAGGACUAUUUUUGUCCUAAAUACUACAACAUUUGAUACGAGGAGGGACUAGUACAUGAAGAAGAAGAUAAUGAUGCUUGUUAUCCCCUGCUGGGCCCUAGGAUCAAAACCAUGAACAUGUUGAACACGACCCAAACACUCAAUUUAAAAUGGAGCAGAUUUUUACAACUCCUAUUUUACUCUGGAAGAGAAAGUAUCCACGACCACGUCUGGAGUACAGCACCCUUUUCAUAGCUUGAGCGCAUAUACCGAUUCAAGUGCGACGCCGGCAGCCAGAAGGUAGACACCAGCCUUUUCGUUUGCGCGAAGAACGUUGAGGACUGAGGAGUGGAAGAAGCAGAUAGCAGUUCGAGACAUGACGUUGACCAUGACCUUAUUUGUUGCAAUUGCUCCUACAGUUACAAUUUAGAGAUAACGUAUUUUUACUAUACUCUUUCAUCCUUUCGGAAACAUAGUAGUCUAUAUUAGACCGAGUGCACUACGCACUUGCUGUUGUUUCCUACAUUUUUGACGCGAUGACGAGUAGUGCCUUCAUGGACACGAUGAGCAUUACCUUAAUGGAAGCGAAAAAGAAAAGGACCAUGGCGCCCUGCUAUAGGUUGACUGCAUGUAGUUUUUGAUGAAAUCUAUUCGGUUGUUUUGAAGAACUUCUGAAUGUCCCAGUGUUGGGGGUUGCAAAU